AUCGUGUCGUAGUUGUUUGCUUACUCGGGUCUGAUUAUAAAAGUACUUAUUUCAUCGAAAAGCGAUGAUAUUAACAAAAUAAAAUAAAUCUACUAAUAACAAGCUUAAUAAGCUUUUGUCUGUUCUAGUUACAUAAAUAGUUAAUAUUUUGCUGUAUACAUUGUCGAUAAUUUGACGUCGAUUGACAUAUUAUCGUUUCGCAAGUAGUUUCCACGGAGGUGUUUUAUUUGUGUUCGCUUAUUGGAAAACAUCCGCCAGGUGUAAUAUUUGUGAUAAUUGUGUAGUGUUUGUGAUUUUAGAGAAAUUCUUUCCUUUUACUGCCGAUUCUCGUAAGUCGCGGAGGCUCUUGUGUUAUAAUUGUGAAAGUAAAUUGUGGGGUAUUGAAUGUUGUUUGCUAUUCUUACGUCGUGUGAAAAAUGCUAGGACGUCGAUUGUGCCACAACAAUACUUCCAUGAAGGAGGAUGAACCGGCGACGUUUCAGGACAUCACUUCAUAAUGGCUAGUUCUGAUCAGCGGCAGUGUUACAUCGCCGCCAACCAUGUUGCGACCAGAAUCGCCUCUCGCUGAUCACCGCAGCCUGCUGCCGCGGCGGCUGCUGCCGGUUAAAGCUCAAAUCGCUCCAGCCGAUAAGAAAAAGAACCGUAGAUCUCUCGAACUAAACCCUCCGUCCAACGAUCAUGCACCAUACGACUAUCCAAAACUACUUAUUUCCAAAACAACCGACUCUCUCAACACGGAAUGUCCACGAAAACUUAUCAAUAAACAAGAUUCAUCGGACAGCUUGAAAAGAGCGCUCCUGUCUAAAGAUGAUAAGAAGUUCCCUGCUAAGGAAUCGGACAAAAAAGCGGUCGUGAAACAGGAUUCCAGUGAAAGCUUAAAAAAAUCAUUGUUGUGCCGACAAGACUCGAAUGAUAGUACAAAAAGAAGAGACUCCGAUCCCAAAUGGAUGCAAAGACAGGAAGAGAGUAAAAAGAGUUUGGAAGUCAAACGUGGUGGGGAUAAAAAGGGCUUACUGGAGACUGACAUAGAUGAGCCCUGUAAGAGGAUAUACGAGAGGAGAACAGGGUGCGCCAGGCCCACUUUGCCCCCUGUCGCUGAGAAGGGGGUCUCGCCAAAAUCUCCCAAUGGGAGUCCCCAAACCCCAGGAGUUGCGGCUGUAGCCGAAGGAGUGGUUCGAUGGGGAAGCGGUCUCUUAUCCCCGAAAGAGGAACCGAGGUUAAGGCCUGCUAGAAGCUGGUAUGGCUACGGGACGCUUCCAACAGACAGUGAUAAGAUGGGAGCAGGCGCGAACGGGCCUGGUGGUCGGCGAGCGCUUGAGCUAAUCCUAAGCGGCGGUCUCAAGUCCUUGGCGAGACCUGCGAAGCCUGUUAGGAGAGCUGCUUCCAGAGACUCAGUGUUGUCGCAACCGCAACCACUGUUAGAAGGUCUCAGGAAAUGCUCGACAGUGCUCGCCCUGACGGACAGGGAGAAAGUUCCAGAACCGAUCAGGGCUCACAACCGACUGCGCGCACCUUCAGUCUGCUCUCGAUGCUCUUCGUUACUGUCACUCGCUGGCGCAGGGGGGUCCAGGUAUUCCCUGGACGGCGCCGGAGGAGGCUUUGUGCCAGCCGCUCCUAUUAACUGCAAGUUGUGCUUGGAGGACGCGACCCCGGACAAGAUCACAAUCAUAUCCGGCUGUGGUUGUACGUUCUGCACCAGGUGUAUGAAAGCGUACGUUGAAUUCGAAGUAUGUAAUGGCGCGUAUGAAGUUUCCUGUCCCGAUGAUCGCUGCUCGACUGGCGCCGCGCUGGCUUUGGACGAGAUCUCGUCCCUCGUCGCGUGUUCCGUCAUGGAGAAACAUCUCAAGUUCCGGCUUAACCACGAGGUGGCGAUGGAUGCGAUGCGUGCGUUCUGCCCGCGGCCUGGCUGCGACACGGUGGUACAAGUUCGCGCCGCCAGUCCCGCACAUUGCCCUACAUGCAGACACGACUUUUGUUCGCAAUGCAACCAAGAGUGGCACGGUGGAUUAUCUUGCGAAGCGGCCGCCGCUUCGUCCUCUAUGGCGGGUGUGGGAGCUCCUCUGCUACCAGACUCCGAGCUGAUAAAGCUGUGUCCGAUGUGUCGUGUGCCCAUUGAAAAGGAUGAGGGUUGUGCUCAAAUGAUGUGUAAACGCUGCAAGCAUGUGUUCUGCUGGUACUGCUUAGCCUCUUUAGACGAUGACUUCUUGCUCCGACACUACGACAAAGGUCCCUGCAAGAAUAAACUAGGACAUUCGCGAGCUUCAGUGCUCUGGCAUCGUGCACAGGUGGUGGGUAUUUUCGCGGGCUUCGGCCUCCUGUUGCUCGUUGCGAGCCCGCUGCUACUUCUGGCUGCGCCUUGCAUCGUCUGUUGUAAAUGCAGACUCUGUAACCCCAACACCAAGAAUCUUGAAGAAGUCGACGAGAUAGAGAGUAUAAGUCCAGGAAGAGAAGACGAUGGGGACGAGAUAACACGUGCGAGGUAUCUCUCCGACUGACGGCGACGUUACUAAUUUGGGACGUUUCAAAAUGUACCCUAUGUGCAGGUAUUACGUACCACUGUCGUGUGUAAACGUUUGAGUUAUUACGAAGAAUAAUUCGAUUGGUUGUUGGGAAUGAUCGUGAAGGUUAAUUGAAGGUCACUUUUCCAUUAAUAUGCAAUGUGAUAAUGACGGCUUAAGAUCGAUAAUAUUUUUUUCUAUAAUGAAACUAUUUAUUCAGUACGGAUAUGACAUUCAAAUUAUAGAAUAAAAAAAGGAAAUUCCAUUCCCACGUCAACUUUUCUAUGGUGGCGUGGUAUGGUCGUAAAGAUAUAUUGUUCAAAGUAGUUGUGUGACGUCGAGACACGAGUACAAAAUGGAAGGUCUAAAUUAGCGAUAUGUUCAGGCCCGUCGGCUCCAAAAGUAGGGGAAAUCUGGCAGUAGGAGAGUGCUUAACGUCUUCAAUAUAAAAGUCGAAGAUGAAUGUUUCAGCUUGAUUAGUAAAAUUCAAGGUCAAAGUGUACCGCUUAUUUCUGAUGCAAAAAGUGCGAAAAUAGAAUUCACAUAAAGGACAGUUGAGUUAUUCUGUAAGAACAAACUCGAAACUCACCGCUGAACACGAUUGUAAAUGUCAGAAAUGAUACGAGACUGACUAUAAUUGUUAGAACAUUGAAAUUUUACAUUUAUCAAAAUACUGUAUUCGAAGUGAGUUUUUAUAGAAUAACACUUCUGAUGAGUGAAAAUGAGUUUGUUUAUUGCUGUAUGUUCUCUUUAAACGUGCUGUCGUCUUGUCGAUAUGUGUAUCGGCUCUACAGGUACGCUUAAGGCGGGUCUGGAUGUACUUUAUUGUAUUAGCGAGUUUUAGUGACGAAUAUAUGUUUCAAAUAGACGCAAAAAUGAGACAUAGUCUUAAUGACUAACAUAAUAUAGUAAACGACCUCAAAGACUAAUAAUCGUAGUUGUCACUUGUUUUUGAAUAUCGAAUAUUAAAAAAAAUGCCAAAUAUAUCCUCAAUAUUAAUAUAAAAUUUUGGCUUUUCAAUAUAUGUAUAUCGACUGUUUUUUUAAAUAUGCUGCCAAAACGCUUUUUUUCAAAAGUAUACGUUUUCCAUUAACAAAUAUCUGUAAAACUAAAAUUAAAAAUGUUUUUGCAUGGAAUUCCUGGGAGGAGCAGAUCGUGAAUUUGUACGGACUAAAUAGUUAAAUAUCAUAUACACGAUAAAACUAAAGCAACAUAUACUUUAUUAAAUAGAUGUUUAGUCCAAUAUUUAGCUGCUUUAACUGGCAUUUCCAUUCCGUUUAAAUAUAAAUACAGCAUAAUUUGACAAGGUCAUAUUCUUUUAACAAACAUUGUUCGGGACGGUUCAUGUGUAGCGCGGGCUUUAAUUUGACCAGAAACAGAUGUUUUAUAUUUGAUGCGUUGCAACGAAGUUCUUGCAUUUGUUGAAACGUUCGCUAUUGAUGUCCGGUUCAUUUUGAUUACGGGUGGUUAUUUUUUACAAGCCGUAAUUUAAAGCCUCCCUAUAAAAAGGAUCGUAAGUUUUGAAGCCGCGUGUACUUAUGUGACGUAUAGGAAUGACUAACAAAACGAAAUUAAAUACAGAAUGAAACCGGGUUUUAAGCAACUUGUAUUAUUUUUAACAACUUAUAAAGAGGCAUUAAUGUAAACAUACGAAAAUAGUCUAACAAGUUUAAAUAGAAACGGGUAUAGAAUAUUUGUAUCUAUAGCCGACAUCAAGGCCCAUGAGAAAAUACGACUAAGAAAAAUGACAUAGAAUUAGCUUGUCGAUUGCUGAUAUAUCUAAUUAGACAGUAUUUUUGAAUGUUAUUAAAUAACGUCGACAAAACAAAACUGUUAUUUUGCCUAUAAAUAUUUAAAGUACUCUAAUUCAAUAAUAAAUAUUCAUAUAUACUUAUAUAAUAUAUUUGUGUCAUUUUAAAAUAUAAAUCUCAAAUAUUUUCGAUAGAUACACAAGUAAUUAUUCAAACAAGUAAAUGUAGAUGGCAUUAAAGUUAAUUGAAAAUAAGUAUGUGUAAUUUAAAUACGUGUGGAAGACAAUCGUGACAUCGAUUCAUUCAUUUUUUAAAUGUUAGUGAUUUAGCUCAAUAAAAUAUUAUUGCUUCAUUUUUUUUUUAAAUAGCAACUUAUCGUGUAAAAAGUUGACUGAUAUUUUGUUGUAAGGAAACGAGACUGAUGAAUGAAAAACGUCGAAUGAUCGCCACUAUUCAUUUUUAUUUAUUAUCACAAUAGCAACAUUCUUAAUAAUAAACAAAACAAAGAAAACCAUAAAUUAUAGAUCUAAUUUUUUAAUUCGUAUUAAAAAAAAAUAAAGAUUAUAAUUUGACUUGAAAUUGUUUUGUUUAAUUCUAGGCUUAUUUUUUUUUUUAUUUUGACUUUUUCUAUUAACUAUUCACUACGAAUAUUAUGCCAAUAAAAUAAACUUAAUUUAGGUACUUCUUAAGUUAGGGAUUCGCGCGAAAAGUUAAUAUAAAAUGGCGGAUAGUAUGUAUAUAUUUUUGUAAAAAAAAAUGUUAGUGCGCUUAGCGUGCAUUUUAGUUGCGUAGUUUAAUUAUAUAAAAUGAAUGAGUAUACUGUAAGAAAUACAGUGAACAGUAAAGUUAUGACAUUAUUUAAAUCGACAACAAGCACAAAACAGUUUAAACGAAACGUUAUUUUUAUAAUAUUGUCUUGAAUACGAAAAAUACUAUUUACAAUGAUUUCGAUAUGAUUUCGAUAUAACAAGUUCAUAACUCUAUUGGACGCUGUGCAGAUAAGAUUGGAUGCGAAACAAAGUCUAAAAGUGUUAAGUGUAACUGCAAUGCAGUGAGAGACAAUGCAUAUUAUAUUUAUAAUAUAUAGUUUAUUUUUUCAUUAACCUGUGAUUGACUAAAUGUCAAGUCAGCUGUAUAUUGUUCUAGAAACAUUCAAAUAUGCACUGCUUUUCCUGUGUGCCCUCACACGGAGCCUUAACUCGUAAUUAUAUGGUAGACAUUUUAAAAAUAUUAAUUUAUUGUAAAUAAGGAUUAAUAUUGUACUUAAAUACGAGGAUCGAUGGAUGAAAUUACAUGAUGAAAUCAAUUAAUUUUCAAGAAAUUAAAUACUAGCAAUUGGACAGCCUCUUUUGUGAUAGAGAUUAUCUAUUAUCUAUGAGAAGAAACUGCCCAUCGUAAAAAUAAAAGAAAUGGUUGUGUGUUUAAUUUACAAGUAAAAGAACCACAAACUCCAUUGGUCCUCGAUAGCUUGUUGUAGCAAGCUAGUUGAAGCAUUUGUAGACUUAAAUGGAAAUCAUCUGUAGAUUAGAUUAACUCAUAAGAGAUCAAUAGUUGUAUUAGCUUAUUAUUUGUCUAUGGUAUAUAUAUUGAAGAUUGUCGUUGUUUUAAUGUAAAAAUAGACACAAAUUUUUGUAACUGAUAUUUUUUUUUCGAUGUUUUAGAUAGAAAUGUUAUGAAAAAAUUGAAUGUUUUUUUCAUUGAAUUCCAGAAAAAAAUAUUAUAUUAACAGUUAUAUAAAAUCUUACUAAUUUUUUGUCUGUUUUGAAAGCAGAAUUGUAAAUAUGAAGAAAAACUUUAUUUUUGUUAUAAAUUGUACUUCUCGUUUA